GUCCGAAGCGUACGCACCGGUGACAGCCUUACGCUCGAUUCUCAGCGCAAUGACACAAGCGAACCUCAGGAACUGAAACAAGUCGAACCUGAAGCUUCGGAUCAAGAUGAGUCUGGAAACGAUCUCCAGGAUAAUUAAAGUCCAACUUCCGGCGUAUCUCAAGAGGCUUCCGCUGCCGGAGAGCAUCGGGGGCUUCGCCAGCUUGACAGUGUCUGAGUGGCUCCGGCUGCUGCCUCUCCUGGGCAUCCUGGCUUUGCUGGGCUACCUGACCAUCCGUCCAUUCCUGCCCAAGAAGAAGAAGCAGCGAGACAGCCUGAUCAACCUGAAGAUCCAGAAAGAAAACCCCAAGGUGGUGAACGAGAUCGACAUCGAGGACCUGAACAGCGCUAACGUGUGUUACUGUCGCUGCUGGCGCUCCAAAACUUUUCCUGUUUGUGACAAGUCACAUUUAAAGCACAAUGAGCUGACUGGAGACAACGUGGGACCCCUCAUACUCAAAAAGAAGAUUCUAUAAUCAACUGCUGAUGGGAGUUUUCCUUUCCUCGCCCCAGUCUUCAGUUUUCAUUUAACAGUUUGUAGUUUUGUCUGUUUUUUUGUUGUUGUUUUGUUUUUACAUAUCUUGAUCUUGCUUUGGUGUCAUGUUGGUAGAAAUAUUAACUUCCAGAGUGAAGUGGUCUUACUUCCACAGUCAGUUAGUGUGAAAACUUUAUUUUCCUGUGCAGUAAGGAAGGGUUUUGUUUGUUUUGGUUGUGGCCAUUGUUCACUGUUGUGAUAUGACUGUCAACUCACUUAAAGUCAUGUCCCAGUUUUUUUGAAUCAGUUACAAGCCAACGGGAGAUUCGGGACCACUGAGGGGAAAAACUUGAAGCUCAAUUUCAGCAACGUUGUGACGACUAUAAAUGAUUCAAAGCCAUGAGCGCAAACUCGGUUCAUCCUGUCAUCAAAAUGUUGCACAGCAAGCUUUCAUGUUGGACAAAGCUUUCUUUCUUUCUUUUGCCUCCGUUUUUUCCAUGUGCCAAAUAUUUACAUACCGUCAGGAUGUGAAACGCUGUCCUUAUAAGUUAUUGUGUGUAUGGGAAGCUACUUAUUAUUCUUCAAAUGUAUUUUGUUCGCAGCCACUAAACACAAGUUUUACACUUUGUUGCCUUCAAACAUUUCAAACAACUGCACUGUUGAGUAAUAUCCAGUUUUAACCUCACUGCCCCGCCGAGGUUCUUUCUAAACGCCGUUUAUUUUUCUAACCUCUGUAUAAAUUUGACUUCCUGCUGCAGCCUUUCUACUUUUUAAUUCAUCAGCAAUAUUUUAUACAUUAAGGGCUUGUCAGAUACGUAUUUUCAUCAUAAUGUCUGAGAAUGACUGUGUGUGUGUUUAUGAACUUUUGUAAGGCUGAAAUUCAUUCAUUCUGCAAUACAAAUGUGACGUGCAAAGAAAUAGUCUCAAUAGUUUAACUCGGCAGUAUCAGUUACAACUGGGGAACACUUCACUUAACCUGAAGAUGUAAUAAGUAUGUAUGAAUGUCAAGUUAUCAGAUAACACCUUAUUUUUUUUUAUGGGCUUGUUACUGAAUGUUUUUCCAUGUUAAACUAAAAUUAAGGCUCAUAUUUACAGAGGUUCCUUAUUAUAGGCAAAGCUUUAACCAAGAGAUUAUUUUUUUCUUUUCCUUUCUCAAUUGUCUCAUAAAUUUAGAGUUGAGGGUUUGCAUAAAGAAUUUAACAACACAAUAUCCCUACUUAUUAUUCACAAUAAGGAACAUUGCAAUUAAUAAUAACCUCUCUUGUUUUCACCUGACGACUGAAGACAGACGGAUUUUGGAUUAUUUGAUCUGACAAUUUCAGUCUUACUUACAAACGCUGGUGGAGGAAGUUGGAAUAAAUGGACACAAAAAAAAAGGAAAAGUACAUUCACAUUUGUUCUUGAGUAAAAGAAAGUAAGUACUUGCUUUUAAAUAUACUUUUAUUAAAAGUAAAAGUAGUUGCUGAGUGAAGUCUAUUCACCAAUGCAACAGUUUACUACAUCUUCUCAGUCAUCACCUGAAUCCAUAUCGCUGUGAUGUUACGUGCUAGCUUUGAUUGGAACAAUGGACCAACUCCCCUCUUGGCAUUGAUUACUUUAAUAUAAAAACACUGUUCAAGUAUAACUCAAUGCAUUGUUAAAAUGUAGAAAGUACAGAUAUUUGCUGAUAUAUGUACUUGAAAAUAAAUAUACUUGUUAAACAAUAA